UUGGGGGUGUAACUGUAAAGUAAAUAGAACUUAGAAGCAGGUCACAUUUGGUUCGAGAGGAAACUGGCAAACUAGAGAAAACAACAGAGAAGAAAACACAAAAACUUACCAAUUUGCCGCCGGAUUCUGUCAACAACGAUUUGUGGUAGUUAGAUACAUCUUUAGAGGAAUUUUUCAAGGUUAGGGUUACUUGAAGAAACACACAGUGUAGCUGCAAUGGUUGAAAAUGACUAUUUUCCUCCUUGGUUUAGUGUGGCUCCAAUGAUGGAUUGGACAGACAAUCAUUAUAGAACUCUUGCACGCCUCAUGUCGAAACAUGCUUGGCUUUAUACUGAGAUGCUUGCUGCUGAAACAAUUGUUUAUCAAAAGGGUAAUCUGGACAGAUUCUUAGCAUUUUCUCCAGACCAACAUCCUAUUGUGCUUCAAAUUGGAGGCAGUAAUUUAGAGAAUUUGGCGAAAGCAACUGAACUGGCUGAUGCUUACGGCUAUGAUGAGAUAAACCUCAAUUGUGGGUGCCCUAGUCCUAAAGUAGCAGGACGUGGAUGCUUUGGUGCACGCCUUAUGCUUGAACCAAAGUUCGUUGCUGAGGCUGUUUCAGUAAUUGCUGCCAAUACAAAUGUACCUGUCAGUGUCAAAUGUCGAAUCGGUGUGGAUGAUCAUGAUUCAUACAAUGAACUAUGUGAUUUCAUUUACAAGGUUUCUUCUCAAUCACCUGCUCGGCAUUUCAUUAUUCACUCCAGAAAGGCACUGCUGAAUGGCCUCAGUCCUGCUGAAAAUCGGAGUAUUCCUCCACUGAAAUACGAAUAUUUUUAUGGCCUCUUGCGCGACUUUCCUGACUUAACAUUUACAAUCAAUGGUGGCAUUACUGGUAUUGAUGAGAUCAAUGCAGCUCUAAAGACUGGUGCUCAUGGUGUUAUGGUUGGACGUGCUGCUUAUCAUAACCCUUGGCAUCUUUUGGGAAAUGUUGAUUCUGCAAUUUAUGGUGUACCAAGCAUUGGUCUUACACGUCGUCAGGUCAUUGAGAAAUAUCAAGUAUAUGGAGACUCUGUGUUGCUACAAUAUGGACUUCGACCGACUGUGCGAGACAUUGUGAAGCCUUUACUUGGUUUUUUCCAUGGUGAGCCUGGGAAUGGACUUUGGAAGCGCAAAGCAGAUUCCGCUUUCCACACUUGCACGACAAUAAAAUCAUUUCUUGAAGAAACUCUUGUAGCAAUUCCAGAUUCGGUCUUGGAUUCGUCGUUUGCGAAAGCACCACUUGGCCGUGAAGAUAUUUUUGCUAACAUUGGCAGUUUAAUGCCUCCACCAUACAGAACAAGAGAUGAAGAUGCUGUAUAAUCCAUUAGGUAUCUGUUAUAUGCAAAUGACUUUAAAAAUGUAAUCUUUUACUAUGUAGAAAGUUAAGUAAAAAUAUUAGGGGAUUACUAUUCUUUUUGGCUUCUGCUUUUACCGUUGGUUUUAACCAAAGUAGUAUUGUGUUAUCUUUUAAGAGUGGUGGGUGGCUUAUUUUACUCCAUAUCAGAUAAGCCUGACCCCACCCCAUUAAAAGGAAACAAAAAUGUUACAACAAGUAUAUUCUUAAUUUUCGUGGCAGAUUAAUUUUAAUGCAUUGUCAGUGUAAAAUUGUUUUGCACG